UUAUACAUGCUAGGCAAGUGCAUUGUGAUGCAUUCUUCACUACACAAAGCUGAGGAUCACGGAUCGAAAAUACCUUGUUUUUUAAAUUAAAAUGGAAGUUCUCAACCAUUUUGAUCACAUUGACGAGAGUGUGGAUGACACUACAAUUACCAAUGAUAAUGUUGGAGUCGUUCUAGAGGAAGCAGAAAUAAUAGAUUGUGACACAGAGAUUGAUAAUGUCACAGAAGAAGAUAACAUACAAUAUCAAAUAUGUGAAGUAAAUAGGAAUGAUAAUGCUGUUGCAUAUCGAGUAGUACAAGUUGGCGAGGGUCAAGCAAAUAAUACUGAAUUGUCAUUAACUACACCUUUGAAUAAUACUGUCCAAGUCUUGACAUCGCCGAUAAAUGGUCAGUUGUAUGUUCUCAGUAACAGUAAUGAAGUAGUUACAACAGAAUCUGCAAGAACAGUCACACCACGUGUUAAACUUCAAAUAGAUAAUCCACAAAACAUUCUUACGACAAUUAAAAAGAGGGAUGAAAGACGAAGGGUAACACACAAUGAAGUUGAAAGAAGACGCAGAGAUAAAAUCAAUAAUUGGAUUUCAAAGUUAGGUAAACUUUUACCUGACUAUGAACAAACUACAACAGGAGAAGGGGAUGUGAAAACAAAUUUUGAAUUACAGAGUAAAGGAGGAAUUUUGGAAAGGGCAUGUGAAUAUAUAACUGAGUUACAAGAUGUACAAGAAAACUUUUCACAAAGUUUAGAUGAAAAUGCUCAACUAUUGGAAGAGGCUAAAACGUUAAGACAAGUUGUGAAUCAAUUAAAAAAAGAGAAUUCUGAACUAAAGGCUCAGAUCUCAAAAAGUACAACAUACAUUCUUGGGACUUAA